AUGAGACUGUCAACUAGUGAAGAAGUUCCAACUACAACCGUAGUGGGUCGGACUGGAAGUCCCGCCAGUGCAGAUGCAGUGAGCACAGUUCCCAGUGUCGGCGCCUACGAUGUUACCCGCAUGCGCGAGGAUGAGUUCGAGAGGCUCACAGUGUACAUAGUUCCCGACGUGCCGUGUGAACGCGGAACGCCUAAUAGAGCCGAAAGGACACUCCCGCGCAGCCUGACUCUCAGACCAUCCGCAGUAUUAUCGACUCCAAACACACCGACCGAGGGUGUAUGGAGCAUAGGAGUGAUACCUCGUGGUACUCGCUUCGGACCUUUCGAAGGCACAAGAACACCGAACAAACCUAAUGAUAAAGUAUCUUGGCGAUAUUACUGGAGGGUACAGGAAACUGUGAGACAUCAUACUUAUGGAAAUAUUAAGAUAUUCAAAGAUAGUGACUAUUAUUACCUGGACGGCUCUGACACGAGCGUAGCAAACUGGAUGCGGUACGUUGCGUCUGCGUAUUCACUUUCUGUGAUGAAUCUCGUCGCUUGUCAACAUCAGGAGCACAUAUACUUCUACACAAUCAGGGAUAUUAUGCCUAACGAAGAGUUAAUGGUAUGGUACUGUAAAGAUUUUGCAACGAGGUUGGGCUAUGAUAUAGAUCCUGAGAGAGCAACUUAUUCAAUCUGUAAAGAAGAAACUAUUAAAAAAGCUUAUGGCUUGCCACCUGCACCAGUACAUCCAGAAAUUGCCUUUAAUCACAUGAAGUAUGUGCUAGGUUUAACAAAUACUAAAGAACUGCUGGAGGCUGAGAUUCCAAGCCGUCGUCGAAAACGUGAAGCAAUUGACAAGCCUUACCAUGAAAGUCCAACCACUGUUCUUCGAGAAGACCCGAGAUGUAUUAGCAAAAACGAUAGAGCUAUUAUGAGAACCGAUAUUUCUACAAAUAUAAUCAAUAACAAAAGUGAGAAUUCUAUCGUUACCGAACAGACUGCAUUAUCGCCAACCAGUUUGAUGCCGUCACCUUCGCCGGUGAAACUUCAUAGAGAAAACCCUACCCUAAUCAUUCACCAACACAAAGAAAGUACAUCUCAGGUAGUAAUACAUCAACUAGAAAAUCCUAGAUUGCAGAGUAAUAGGUCACCUGCCCAAACCCAAAACCAACACUUAAGGGAUAUGCGCGGGCCAUCUCCAAUGGCACAGAAUAAUCAAGAAAAAUUAGACAGCAAAUCGCCAAUUCUAACUCAUUGUAGUGGACCACACUGUGAACAUCAGCUUACACCAAAUGAUGGAUCCGUACGAUCUGACGAAGGAUAUUACAGCAAUGGCUACCAUGAUGAAUUCACUCCUCCUGAGGACUCAAGUGAUUCUGAUAACGAGAAUUAUGUUCUGGACUACUCUACAAAAAGUAGUGAACCGAAAGAGACCGUAAUAGUUCAAAAAAUUGAUCAAGAUAUGCAUCGUAAUGAAUAUAGAAAAGUAAAAAUCAAAAUGCCAAGAGCGUAUCAAUAUCAGAACCAUAAAGAAAUGGACUGUGAAAGUGAAAAAGAGUUAGUGAUUGCUGAAGAAAUAUCUAACACUCCACAAAACGUGUCACCACCUAGACGUGAUCCCGCUACUUCAACUGUAAUAGUAUUAGAAUCGUCUCAAAAUACGGUGGUGCCUAUAAACAAGCCAUACUAUGAGGAUGGGACUAUUUCACCUACACCGCAGCCCGCAUUUAUGAGAUAUUCUCCACCAGACACAAGAAUAUUAGAGACUAUAUUGACUGGAAAUAGGAUAGAUACUAAUAAUAAUGAUCCAAACCGUCGCCAACCAAAUGCAACCCCGCCACCCUCAUCGCCUACGGAAAUGGCAUAUUCAUAUAAGAAAAGUCAAAGAUACGGCAAUGCCUGCAGCCCAGACUCAAGUUCUAAUCUAACACCUUUACCAUCCCUGUUGCCACUACCACAGCAAUUGCCAGCACCCAGCGCUGCUUCCGUUUAUUCUUCAUCUCCGCCACAUACAAUCCCUCAUACUACUGAAAUUCGAGAGAUCAGAGAAAUUAGAGAAAUCAGGGAGACACGAUAUGAACACUACCCUAAUUACUCAUAUAACUUGUACUCGCCUCCGAACUCAACAAUAAUUACUCAACUAGGAUCCCCACCAACUAAUUACUCUCCCACGGUAACAUCAUCGCACCAAUAUGAACGAUCACAAAACGUUCAAAGCAAUCACCACUAUCCUUCCACGACAAGCGUGAUUACAUUAAAAAAUUGUUCGCAAUUAAGUUUAAUCCAAAAUACAAGUGUAAACAGUCAAUUGGUACCUCCACACGGUAGUGUCAGCCCAGACGGUUCAUGUGGGCUUAUGGUCGCACCUAUGAGCCCAGGAUCACAGUCUUCGCGUGGAUACAGGAGUUUACCUUAUCCUUUAAAGAAGAAAGAUGGGAAAAUGCAUUACGAGUGUAAUGUCUGUUGUAAAACCUUUGGCUGCGAUAAAAAGUACAUUAGUGCUUCCGGACUGAGAACUCAUUGGAAGACUACUAGCUGUAAGCCUAACAACAUCGAAGAAGUAUUAGCAAUAACAAACGCCGCAAAUACUGAAUGUAUCGGGUCCGUCGACAAAGACUGCCAUGAAAGAGAGGGGCAUGAAGCAUACGAGGUACACUCUCCAUCGCAAGGAGGGCUGGUGGGAGCCGGUGGGGCGCGUGUCGCCAUGUCGCACAGCGAAGUAAUGUUGGGAGGACAGGCGCACACCACAACACCGCACUUGGUGACGACGUCGCAUGGGGCGCUGUCUCCUCAAUCGGCGCACGCGCAAUAUCGCUCGUUGCCGCCGCCGCCGGACCACGAGGCCCAACAGCAUUAUGCGCCGGCGAGUAGCGAGCCGCGCCCUAGCGUCAUCGAGUCUAACCAGCCGCUCAUCAUAGAGUGCACCUGA